AUGUGGAAUAUAAUCUCAAUUAAUCCAAUAUGUUAGAAAAAGAAAUUGGUUUCUGAUUAGGAGAGGUUAUUAUUAAAUUGUAAAAACGUGAGGAAGACAAUCAAUAAUGGAGAACCAUGGAAACCAUCUCAUUCGUUAUCGAAAGUUAACAACAAAUAUAGUCAUUAGGAGGAGAAUAAAAUCAUGCAUCAAAAUAAUAUUUUGCUAUCUAAAAUGAUGGAUAUUUAGAGAUAAAAUUUAAGAAGUUAAAGUUCUGGAUAAUUGCCAUUAUCUUUAUCACAUGUGAGCAAUCUUAACUAACGAAAAUUCGAGAAAUUCAAAAUUAACUAAGAAAAUCAAAAGUUUCUCUCUCGACUAUAAUCAGCUUCGUCAAUUUAUAACAAAAAUUAUUGGUACCAUGAUAAUGAAAAGAAUGAAAUAUACAAAUAAAUUAUAUUAAAGAGGACAAAACUCAAUCAAGACUAUAAUGAUUUAGCUAGGAAAUCCCUUGAAACUAGAUCUACAGGAAGAAUGAUAUCAUGUAAACACCAAUCAUUAUUUAGCAGCCCAAUAAUUUAAACGUAGGCAAAUGUCUGA